UUACUCUCCAUUCAUGUGAAAUUGUAGCCCUCUAAGAACCAUAUACAGAUUUGUGAAGAAGUAAUUGAAGCGGUGAGGAUGAAGAAUUCCAAAAACGAGGUAACUGAGCCUGGAGACACGUACAAGAUUGCAUAUAUUCUCCAUUUCUUUCUAGGGGCUGGGAAUUUGCUUCCAUGGAACGCAUUGAUCACUGCCGUGGACUACUUCGGUUAUCUCUAUCCGGGCCGCCACGUCGAGAGGGUUUUCUCUGUGGCGUACAUGGCAGCUUCCUUGCUAGUUUUGGUCCUGCUGUUGAGCUUCGGCGGCUGCCGGAGGAAUUUGAGUCUGAGAGUGAGAAUGAACUUAGGGUUUUCUAUGUUUGUUCUCUCCCUGAUGGCCACCCCGACGAUGCAUUGGGGUUGGGAGAAGAAUGGAGAUGCAAAGAUGAAUAUGAGCUCGAGCAAGGCCUACUGUGUUGUUGUUGCCUCUGUUCUCGUUUGUGGUUUGGCUGAUGGAUUGAUUUGGGGGAGCCUGAUAGGAACCGCGGGGAAGCUGCCGAAACAAUACAUGCAGGCUCUUUUUGCAGGCACUGCUUCCUCCGGUGUUCUGAUUUCCAUCCUACGGAUCAUAACAAAAGCAUCUCUUCCCCAAACCCCACAAGGGCUCAAAACAAGUGCUCAGUUCUAUUUCAUUGUCAGCUCAGCAAUACUAAUUGGAUGCAUCAUCAGCUGCAAUCUACUGUAUCAAUUACCCGUCAUGCAGCUGCACUACAAGAACUUCCAGUACUUUCAGCCAACACACAGCUGCUCGACGCCCAGAUUCCGGCAAACAUUCACAAAGAUAAGGUUCCCAGGAUUCGGAGUUUUCAUGAUAUACACAGUUACACUGUCCAUAUUCCCAGGAUUCUUAGCAGAAAACAUUAAAUCAGAUCUCCUCAAAGACUGGUACCCGAUUACGCUGAUCGCGACAUACAACGUGUCGGAUUUCGUGGGGAAGUCGUUGACGAGCAUAUAUGUCAUGAAGGGUUUCCGGGGACCGGAGUGGCUGAGGACGGAGGCGCCUGUGGUGGUUCUGACAGUAAUGCUGGGACUAAGCAAUGGGUAUCUUACGAGCGUUAUAAUGAUUCUUGCCCCCAAGGCGGUGCCACAGGCGGAGGCGGAGGUUGCCGCCAUUGUUAUGGCGGUGCUGUUGGGAAUGGGGCUGGUUGCUGGUUCAGUGAUUGGUUGGUUUUGGAUUAUUUAAGUAGAUGGUUCUCUGUGAAUUUUACUCGUUUGGAGAAUUUGUUCAAGAUGAAAUCGGACACUCCCACUUCCCUGCCUUCUUAAGGGUGAUUAAUUAUUGGAU